AUGAAAGUUCAUGGUGAAAUUAAAAGUAAUAAUGAUUUAAGAUUUGAAAAUGAUAUAGAAGGUGAACUUGGUUUUGAACGUGAAAAGGAUACUGAAGAUAGACCUGCAAUUGAAUGUGAAAAGGAUACUGAAGAUGGACCUAGUAUUGAACCUGAAGAUGGACCUGGUAUUGAACUUGAAGAGGACAUUGAUAUUAUUAGUAAAUCAGAUGAUACCUCUAAAAAUACAGAUAAUUAUCAACAUGGACACCUAUCUCCAAUCUUCAUUGAGAUCUACUAUGAAAAAACCUUUGAAACUUGGAAGGAAUGUCAGAAAACAUUAAAACGUUACGCAUGUCAAAAUAACUUUAGUAAGGGCCCUGAUAAUAAAACUAUAAUUAAAUUGAUAUUGAUGCAUUCUGAACACAACCAUCAGUUGAUUCCUGAAAAUGUUAGCUUUGCUACUAGCUAUCAGAAACUUACUACAGAUAUGAAGGAGUUUAUUGAAAGUUAUACAAUUUGUGAUAUUGAUGUCUCAUCCCAGCAAACAAUUGAAGCUACAGGAGUUCAGCCCGGAGCUUUUAUGAUUGAUGCAGAUCCAGGCCUUGAAAAAGAACAAUUUGCUGGUCGGUUUGCAGCUUGGCAUAAAAAAACAGCAUCAUAUAUGACACCAAGUUUACAUACUGAUCAAAUAAAUGAGGCAGUAAUGUAUCAUAGCAAAAAGGUUAGUUUUGAGGAUCCAUAUAAUUUAACAUUAGAGGUUGUUGAUAAUGGGCUGAUUGAAUUUGAGUAUGAUUUCAGUCAGAUAUGGUUUGACAAACUUCUUGAAGGGGUUGAUUAUUCCUUAGUUGCUGAAGUUUGGGAU